CGUUUUUGCGCGCUUGAUUUUUCUAUAAUCUAUGCUAAUAUGGCCACUUCGAUAGAUCGCAUUGCGCGGUAUUGCGUGAUACGAUUGUUGAGUUUUGUUUUAUUAUGGCAAAAGGUGAUAAAGAAUUAGAAAAACCUAUAGUGAAUAAUGAAUUGCCUAAUCCAGAGUGUAGGAGCGUUGAUAACGAGGACUCGGAGUCCACACAAGAGCAGCCUUUGGACAUCGGAGAACAUUAUUUAGUGCGGCGUUCGGAUGAGUCAUGGCACCCGGCUGAGAUAAUACAGACGCGCUACAAUGCGGCGGAAUCUUGUUAUGAGUAUUACGUGCACUAUGUGGGCUACGACCGAAGACUCGACGAGUGGGUCUCCCGCCACAGGGUUAUGUCAGACAGGUUCGAUGUCUGCGAACAGUCCAACAAUAACAUUAACUGCGACCACCUGCUCACCGACAAAUCCGGCCGUAAAAUAACCAGAAACCAAAAACGUAAACACGAUGAAAUAAAUCAUGUACAAAAAUCUUACGCCGAAAUGGACCCAACCACAGCCGCCCUAGAGAAGGAACACGAAGCAAUAACAAAAGUUAAAUAUAUUGAUAGGAUACAAAUCGGUAAAUAUGAAAUAGAUACGUGGUACUUCAGUCCUUACCCUGAUGAAUACGGCAAACAGUCGAAGCUUUGGAUAUGUGAAUAUUGUUUAAAAUACAUGAGAAUGGAAAAAACAUACAGAUAUCACCUCAGCGAAUGUACGGCCAGGCAACCUCUAGGAAACGAAAUAUAUAGAAAAGGUACUAUAGCAAUAUUUGAAGCAGAUGGCAAGGAGCAUAAAAUCUAUUGUCAAAAUUUAUGUUUACUCGCAAAACUAUUUUUAGAUCACAAAACGUUAUACUUUGAUAUUGAACAGUUCUUAUUUUACAUAUUGUGUGAAGUUGAUAAGCAAGGUGCGCAUCUAGUAGGCUAUUUCUCAAAAGAGAAAGACUCUCCAGAAGGCAACAAUGUAGCUUGCAUAUUAACAUUACCACCGUACCAGCGACAAGGCUAUGGUAAGCUGCUGAUUGCUUUUAGUUAUGAACUGUCAAGACUUGAACAAGUUGUGGGAAGUCCAGAAAAACCUUUGUCAGAUUUAGGGAAGUUAAGUUAUAGGUCAUAUUGGUCAUAUGUUUUGUUAGAAGUUUUAAGUGCCAGCAGAGGAACUCUUAGUAUCAAGGAUCUGAGUCAGAUGACGGGUAUAUCACAAACAGACAUCAUAUCUACACUGCAGUCAAUGAACAUGGUCAAAUACUGGAAAGGGCAGCAUGUCAUAUGUGUCACCCCGAAAAUAGUUGCAGAACAGUUAGCGAGUCCGCACUUCAAGAAACCCAGAUUAUCAAUAGACCCAUCGGCACUGCGGUGGACGCCCCCAAACAAACAAGGGAACUCGGCUAAAGCUAAAAAGUAGUACAGGCUUACAGGCAGGGCUUAGAGAAUGCACAUUUUCAGUCACAACCAAAGGACUUUCUCUAGGUACAGGCCUGUUUCAAUGAAAAUAGUUGUUAAGACGAUGCAGUGUAGAGAUCAGUGCUAGAGUAUUAUAGGUUUACGUAAUUUUAAGUAUAAAGUUGCUUUAACAAUGUAAUUUUCAAAUGUAAGAACACCGCAUUUGUGAAAAUAGGUUUACAGUUGUAAGACAUCCCAGUGAAAGGAAUGGCAGUUAAGCAUUUUGAAAUAAGUAGCAUAGACAAAUCAAAUGGAAAAUCUAAAAAAAAGGUUAGCUUGUAAAUUAAAUGUUAUCCAUAUUUUUCAAAUUUGAAAAGUGAGAAUACUUAUCAUUCAUAGUCCUAAAUAUUUGCAUUGGUGAAAUGUUGGUGACGUGGAGUUUGUUAUUACUGACAUACUUGUCUGUUGAAUAUUGUGAAAUUACUAUAGAAAGUUACAAAUCGUACAGCAAUUGUUUUUUACAAAUAUAAUUUUAUACUUACUAUUAUUAUAUAUAAAAAGUGAAAUACCUCAAGCCUGUUUGUGCCCGUUUUUGCUAACCACAAGCCCAGUAGCCAGUUUUAUUUCAAUUAUGAGGAGAUUGUAAUACUCUUGAUUUUGAAUUUACAUUAGAUCUGUGGAUGCUUGUCUAACAUCUCGUUGAGUUCCUUUUGUACUGGCAUAAGUGAUAUUAUUCUUAAGUUUACAUUAGUUUCGAAUUUGAAAAUAGUGAUUUUCAUUUUUUUUUUUAAGAUUUUUAGACUAAGUUUAUUUUUGUAAAGGGCCUUGUCAUUUCGAGCCUGCAAAGGCGGUAAAACAUCGGAGACUGAAGCUGUCUUUAAUCUAUCAUUGCAGAAUAUAUAAAUCGAGUAGGUAUAACUAUAGAAUGUUAACGCUGUUCAAAUACGUCGUUAUAAGUGAUUAAAUGGGUUAAACCUGAGAGGUACACUUGUAGUUGUAAGGGUUCAAAAGGUACUUGACAAACCAAAGUUGGUUUUUGUAUUAUGUAAUUUAUUUGUUGUGUAUAUUUCCGGUUGGUACAAGUGGCAGAUUAUUUCUAUUUAGUUGGAAACGACAACGGCCCUGCCCGCCCACACGUUUUGGAUCAGUUCACGCAGAACUCAUUAGCACAACUGUUCUGAAAAGGUUGAACGCCUUUUGUAACUAUGUCACAUGUAUUGGAAAUAGUAACGCAGAAAAUUUCGUCAUCCGUCUGCCCUGAGCUCUGAAUGAUUGUCGUAUGUCUAUUUUUGAAAUCAUUGUAACGAACAAUUUAGUAUGAUGAUAUUAGGGUUAAGUUGAAAUCUUGUGUAUUUCUUUUGCAAUGUAAGCAUCUUUCAUUAAUAACAAUUUGCCGCGAAAACAUCGCGUCGAAUUGCUUCAAUUAAAAGAUCUUCCCAUUGCAGCUUCUAUUAGAUUCUGUGAAUCAUCAGUUUUCACUGUUUAUUUGUGAUAAUUUUAAUUAUAAGUUUAAAGUGUCGAAAUUCAGAAAUUAAAGAAAAAAUACCGGAUA